UUCAAUGAAGUUGGCAGCUCGGGCUGCCUGAACAGCUGUUUCACCGGCACGCAUAUGGUUGUUACGUCGACGUUUGCUUGCGAUUGAAAACAAAUUUGAUUUUAUUCUAUUAAAAUGCUACCAAUUUCUCGCGGUAUAUAUUCUGGCCUGGCCAAUAUAACACGUAGCAGCCGCGGAGCCCUUCACACGGCCAGUGCCCUUCGAUGCAAAGCGGCAGAAACAAUUGAAGAAAAGGAUGCAGAGAAUGUUGAAGGCGAAGGCGGCGCCGAGGAGAGCCAAAGCAGCUCCUCAGGCCCGGAUCCCAAGGAUCGCAGCAAGGUUAUACCCGUAGAAACAUCAAUGCGCUACCUAAAAAGCGCCGCAUACAAACAAACCUACGGAGACGACUUUGUGUGGACGCAAUAUCGCCGCAACCACAAAGGAAUGUAUGCACCUCGCAAAACACGAAAAACUUGCAUCCGCCAGGGAAGGAUCUCCACCGGCAACCCCUGCCCGAUCUGCCGUGAUGAGUAUCUUGUGUUGGAUUACCGCAAUACGGAGCUAUUGGAACAGUUCAUAUCUCCCCACAACGGCGAUGUGCUAAGCUACUCGAAGACAGGCCUGUGCCAGAAAAGCCACCUCCGCCUCAUGGUCGCAGUGCAGCAAGCCCGUGACUCUGGCUUCCUUACCUAUGAUGUGCCCUUCAGGGAGUACGACUACAGCGAAUACUACGGCCAGGAUCAGAAACAAUAGAAUACCAACU